AUGGCUGCGUGGGAAACCGAAGACGAGUCCACCGGGCCAACGGUCUCUCUGCCCACACCCAUCGAUGCACCGCGUCGCACCCUUUCGCGUAACGUCUCGCGGGGUUCACGAAAGUCGGGAAGGUCGAUUACGCCGCCGGGGAAGAAGGGCAAAAGCCGGUCUCCGCCACCACUGCCGACUGACAAGAUCUCUGACAAGGGAUCGAAGAGGUCUUCCCGAGAUGUUACGAACGAUGAGAACAUCAGUAUCCUGGACCCCCGACGCUUCACACCGACGCUCCACGCAAGUUUGGUCUCGGAAAUUUUGUCUCUGAGGCGGGAUCAGGAGGAGAAAUUGAAGAUUAUCGAGGGUCUGGAGACAUCGUUACACGCCUCACGGCAAGAGACGGAGACUGUGCAAAGCACGCUAUUGACGACAGGGAAGGAAAGCAGGUCACUGAAGCGUCAAUUGUCUCUAUUGGAAGGAGGAACAUCAUCUGCUCUGGGAGAACUGGCGAGGGAGCGCGAUGAAGCUGUCGAUUCGGCUGCGGAAACACGGAAACGGCUUGACGCGACACAGAAAAAGCUGCGGAGCCAAGAGGAGGAUUCCGAGCGGGUGCAUCAGCAGUGGGCGAAGGAGAAGGAUGAGUGGGAGGAGGAGAAGCGCAAGUAUGAACGGAAAAUACACGUGGCAGAGACGCGGCUGAAGGUGGUUUUGGACGAGGUCGCUGCUUUCCAGGCUGCGCAGGCCGAAGGAGCGAAUGGGGCUGGUAACGGUGCUGAGAGUGACGGGGAGGAGAGCGUGAAGGACGACGCGGGCAGUGUUCGGAGUCUCAGCAUGACGAACAGCGUCCGUUUCUCCGUGGCAAAUAGUAUCCUCAAGGCGACCGGAAACUCGCUCGCGGACGAGCUGGGCGGAUUCGAUAGCAACUACGAUGAGGACAGCGACUAUGGCGGCCGGGACAGCAUCAUGUCCAAGGGCCACCUGCGCAACUUCAGCAGGGACAGCCUUGCGUUCCGGACUCACCAACGGCACCGCAGCAACGACAGCAUGAUGCGGCCUGGCAGCGUUGCGCGCGGGAAGCUUUCUUUCAACCCGGCUGCGUUGGAACGGCUAGAGGAUGGUAUUAUCAAGGAGGACGAUGAGACGCCGCAGGAAGCCCCCAAGGUUGUUAGUUACGUUGAUACUGGGGUCCAGUACUCGCCGCCUCCGUCGCCCAAGAUCUUCCCAUCGAAGCCCUCGACGCCCGAGCCGAACUCGUUCCUGCAGCGGUACGAGCGGCUGUUUGGUCUGGAGAGCCCUCCGCGCCCCGACUCGGAGAUCGAGGCGAACCAGCGGAAGAAGCGGGUGAGUUUGACGCAGCCGCUUGCCCUCAAGACGCCGGGCGCUGGUAGCCUCAUGGUCAACGGGUCGUCGCAGACGUCUGAAGAGCCCCUGAGCCCGCCUAGGACGCCUAAGACGCCGGUGCAGGAGGUUCUCCCCCUGAGCCCACCUCCCCCUCCUCCAAUGCCCGCUAUGGUAUCUUCGUCAACUCAGACCGAGGAACCGCCUGCGCCGUUGCUCGAGCCUCCUUCUCUCGUAUCUAUCCCUAGCAUCAGCAUCAUUCCCCCGACAAGCCGGCCGACGACUCCGCGCGAGUCUCGACUGCCGCCACUGACCAAGGACUUUGGGUGCCAAGUGUCGCUGUCGUAUACCGCGCCGAUGACCUCCUCAGGCAUGCAGACGGAAGAGAUCCGGGUCGAUAUGCGCCUGGACAAGCUUCCGCCGCAUCUUCGCCCGUCUGCUAUCACGUCGAGGCCGUCAUCGCCUGCAGUGGAUACCAUGGACGUGUCGUCUGGGGGCGAUACCAGGCAGUUCACCCCGAUUCCUGGCAAUCUUCCCCCGCGGAACCCGCGACGGCUGGCGAGCAAGACAAGCCUCACGGAAGUGCCCUCAUCACCGCCCGUUGCUUCGACGUCGAUGCUGGAAGACGAGACGCACGACUUGUACCCAGGCAGUAAUGACGAUGGACCGCUUUCUAGCCACAGGGCGCCUAUGCGUCGGCCGCCGAGGAUCAGCAGUCUGUUUGCCGGCUUUGAUGGAAACAGCUCUGACGAGGCCGACGAGUUUCUCGAUCCCGAUUUCAGCGACUCGGAGUACCGCACAGCACUCUCAGCGCCGCGGCCUAAGAACAGCUCGAACCGCGGCGGCAAGCGGAACUCUGUGGGCACCGUCACGUCGUCCGAGAACACGUUCUCGCCCAAGGCCAGCAGCCGGAUGUUCUCGGCCCCCUCAGAAGACGGUGAGACGUACGAUUCCGUGCCGUACCCGAUGUACGAUUUGCGGGACGCGGCGUUCAUCCGGAGAGGGUCGAAGCGUGGUAGCCGGCCGUCGGUGUUUGGGACGAAGCCGAGCGUGAUGCGUCGGUCGGUGAUGAUCCAGAACGGGAUCGCCUCGCACCAGCGCUCUGGGAGCCCCAACUUCCUGGACAUCGCGAGGGAACCUCCGUUCCCGAUCCCGACGCGUGCCAGCUCGAGGAAGCCGCCGAUCAGUGCUAGCGCGCCGAGCGACGGACGCACCAGCCCGAGCAGAGGUUCGGACGUGUGGUCUCGGAGGGGAUCAAACCGCAGCCACUACCGCGCGGGCAGCAUCCGCAAGGUCCGCUCGGCAGCUGUGGUCCACCCGCGGGCCCAGAGGAACCGGCGCAAGAACAGCCGCUCGCCACCGCCGUUUUCCAUCUCGUCGUCUAACAACGCGCCCGAGAGUCCGGGGCUCCCACCGCUGCCGAACAACGGGUACUCCUCGUCGGCCCGGUACCGGGGCCACCACCGGUCGCAGCCAUCGACCACGACGGCAAACACGGGCACCACGGACGCGGGCGCCGCGUCGCAGAACGGACUGAGCCAAACGCCUACUGUCGUGGAUGCUAUUGCGCAGACCAUGGUGGGUGAGUGGAUGUUCAAGUACGUCCGACGGCGCAAGUCGUUUGGCGUGACGGAUACAAGUGAUAGCGGCAGUGAUCGCCAUAAGCGCUGGGUCUGGCUGGCGCCGUAUGAGCGGUCGAUUCUGUGGAGCAGCAAGCAGCCGGCUUCGGGCAGCGCGUUGCUGGGCAAGUCCGGGCGCAAGUUGGCCAUCCAGUCCGUUUUGGACGUCAAGGACGACAACCCGCCCCCCAAGGGUGCUGCUCGCAUCUUCAACCGGUCCAUCCUCAUCCUCACGCCGGAACGGGCGCUCAAGUUCACGGCCGAGAACGCGGAACGCCACUACAUCUGGCUUACGUCGCUUUCCUUCCUCGCUCACUCUAACCAGGCCAUCCCGGAUACCCUCGUGGUGCCGCAGCCGAAACCGCUCAUCGAGCAGUACGAGCUGCCCAAGCCGAAGCGCAAGGCCAUCCGCGACUCCAUCCGCUUGACCAAGGCCAAGACGGCGGUCAUCAAGUCUGACCCCGUCACAGCCUCCGAGCCACAGCUCGACAGUGCCCCCCCAAGUAUCCCCACCUACCGCCCCCCUCCAGUCCCCGAAAUCUACACCAAACCCGCCCAUGCGCGGGAUGCCUCAAGAGACACCGCCGCGCCCCCCGCCAUCCCACGGUACUCGGAACGCGCCCUCCAAGCCGGCGGCGCACCACCCCCCAUCCACGGCCGCAAACGCAGCAACACCGGCAGCCACAUCCCCCCACCACUCUCCUUCCGCGGCUUCUCCGGCCCCGCCAGCAGCGCCAGCUACCACACCGCUUCCAACAGCACCGCCGGCAACAGCGUCAUGACCGCGGGAUCCUCCGACCUCUACAGCAACCCCGGCGGCGGCGGCAGCAGCGCCAUCACCGCCGGCUCCAGCAGCGGGAUGACCUGGGCCGGGACUCCCUCCGUCCGCACCUCCGAAGCCUCCAGCCGGCCUAGCGGCGCGGUCAUGAAUAACUUCUUUGAUGCCAUCGGUACCGUGCGCAUGGAGGCGUUUAUCAGUCCGUUGGCGUUUUCGUCCGAGUCGAUGUAUGAACAUCAGCAGGAGGAUCAGUUCCGGUAUCCGCAGCAGCAUUAUGUUGGGCGAAGGAGGAGUAAGGAGUUGAGGCGCAGGGCGAGCAGGAGUAGUCGGCAGCGGGAUAGUUAUCAGAGUCGGGCUACUAGGACGACGGGAACGACGGAGGAUGCGGAGGAGUGGUAUAUGCGGGAUGAUCCGUUUAGGGGGUUCUAG